UCGCCAGCCCACGCGCUGCCUCUGUAGUCUGUGUAUGACCAUUCACUUCCCUGCGGUCUUCAUUCAUGUCCCUCCCAUAUGAAUUCAUUCAGGUGUUAAAUGCACUAAAGUGUGGCCGAACACAACCGAUGUUCCUCAUCACUCUCCCAUACGAUGCUUUUCUCAUGCUGCUCUCACCAAGUCUGAACACAUAAAGGUGGUUUCAAAUGGAGAGCAUUUCCCCGUUGCCUUUGGACAAGCAAGAAAGCAGAGCAAACAGUCCUUCAUCCACAUUGCAUGGAGGGCAAGCCAACUCCCCCGCCAGUGUGCAUCACUCCCCUGCUCACCAGCUUCAGGAAGACCUGUGGCAUCUACCUGGACGGCUGCGAAUAAACCCAUCUCUGUGGGACAAAGAGGAUGUUGCCCACUGGCUCCACUGGGCUCAGAAGGAGUACUCCCUGCGCCGACCAGAGAAGGAACGAUUCGUGAUGAACGGCAGAGCGCUUUGCCUGCUCACCAAGGAAGACUUCAGACGCCGCUGUCCCUGCUCAGGUGAUGUUCUGUAUGAGAUCCUUCAGUGUGUGAAACAGCCAAGGAGGGCUGUUGUCUGUGAUCCUCAAAAUGAGUCUCCCUCCGUGGGAAAUGUAUCCAGCCAGGGUCGAGUCAGCUGCCAGAUCCGAACGCACAGCGUCCAAGAGCAUCGGCCUCCCGAGGUCAAUGACACCCAAGUUUUCCUCACUUUCACCAGCGCAGUGUCGGCUGCUCCUGCAGCCACUGCGAGCCAGCCAGAGCCCAUGUCACCUGUCAGGCACCGUCCCUUGAUCUUUUACACUCCCACUUCUCCACUCGCACGCAUUAACGGAUCAACAGCUGCCUCUACGUUGCCCCAAAGCCAAGUUCAGUGUCCUGCUCAAACAGAGAGCGUCAUCCAGGAGCCUCUCAACCUGUCCAGUCGAGAGAAGCCAAGGAGCCCGCUGCACAAAGUCAAAGGCCGCAUCCCAGAGUGCAGACUGCUCUGGGACUAUGUGUAUCAGCUACUGUGUGACGACCGUUACCAAGAAUACAUCCGGUGGGAAGACUAUGACAGCCUGGUGUUCAGGGUGGUCGACCCAAACGGAUUGGCGUGUCUCUGGGGAAACCACAAGAACAGAGACAAUAUGACCUACGAGAAAAUGUCCCGUGCUUUGCGGCACUACUAUAAGCUCAACAUCAUCAAGAAGGAGCGAGGACAAAAACUACUCUUCAGGUUUCUGAAACUCCCACAUGACAUCAGGAAACAGCGGGCAGACCCCGCCGAUUCCCCAGAACACACUUCACUUCCGAACGGGACCUUUCCAGACAGCAGUCCUACACAUGACCAUUUUGAGGUUUCCCCUGAUCGCGCGUCUCCACAGCCUCCUUCAACUGGUGCUCCUGUGAGAUAACGGCAUUACAUCAAUACAAUACUGUACAACAAUACUUGGUGUAUUGUCAGGAAUUCUUGCACUGUGAGAUUGCUUUUGGCUGUGAAUCGAUGUAUGUAUUACUGUGAUCGGAAUGGACACUAAUAUUAAAGGAGGAGGAAAAUUGUGAAAGAAAUCAUAUCAAUGUUCAAUCAGCUAAACAAGUGCCAGAAUGUACAUUUCUCAGGCUCCACAUAACAAUACAGAUACUACCCUUAUUUUCAUGUCCUAUAUACUGUAAGUCUAGAAGGUAAGUGGUGGAAAUGCAUGCGAAAUAGUAGUGUGCUCACAAAUAAAUAUUUCUGUGGCCAUUUGAAAUAGUUUUUUUCAAGCAGUUAUUUGACAUUUUGGUUUGCAUUGGAUCAACGCUGCAGAUGAGGUACUUGUUUGUGUUGUUUGUUGUAAAGUAAAAACAAAUUGGUCUUGACCAUUGGCUAAUUGCUCGUUUUACCUGCGCUGUGAAAUAAAUAUUUUGUUUGUCAUAGUG